AGAUAAAAUUUCCGGAGAAAAUUGAGAAGUCAGCCAUUAAAGCUCUCUCUCUGUUUCUGCAUUAACGGUACGGAAGGGUUUUCGUUAAAGUGUCUCUCUUUCCUUUCCCUUCAAUCUCUGGAUUUUGAUCGUAGCUACAUUUGGUCUCACUCAUUUCCAUGGCUGCCACUAAUGAGGAGAGUUUUAUUAAGCCUUUCAUCUCAGAGAAGUCAUCUGAAUCAUUGGAAAUACCGUUGGGCUUCAACGAGUACUUUCCACAUCCAUUGCCAAAUACAGUGGAACUCCUAGACUAUUGUGGUAGAUCUUGGACGAUUAGGAUGAAGAGAAUAGGGGAUAAAGUGUUUCUAACUGUUGGUUGGGAAAAUUUUGUAAAGGAAAACAAUCUCGAAGACGGCAAGAUGAUGAACUUCAUCUACGACUGCAAUCGGACCUUUCAUGUUAUCAUUUUUGGUCAUCACGGGGUUAGUGAAUUCAUAGACUUCCCUCAAGUCGUAAUGGAUGUUGAUGAGUAUGAAACCUGUGAAGAAGAAGAAGAAGAAGAAGAUGAUAAUAACAUCAGUAACUAAAAUUUCGGUCUACAUCAUCCACGGAGAGAGAAGCAAAAGGCUGCCUUAUACUAGUUUAUUUAUCUUGAUCUAUGUAACAAGAAGUUGUAGGUUUAAUUUGAUGAACACCCUUUGAAUUCUGCUAUUAUCUGUGUUUAAAAGACCGUGACAUUGUGUGUGUUGUCAUCAUUUUGCGAUAAUUGUAUCUGGUGAAGAAGAGAGUGUUGUUAAAGAAGGAAUGA